AUGGCUUUUCUCAAACGCCUCUAUCUUCAUUAUCUUGAACUGGAAAAAGAUCCACCUCCGUUAUGUCAUGCUAAACCUGAAGAUCCUGAAACGAAUCUCACUCAUUGGAUUGGUCAUAUUGAUGGGCCAGAACAAACACCAUUUGCUGGUGGAAGAUUUCAACUCAAUAUUGAUUUUCCAGCUGAUUUUCCAUUUAAACCACCACAAAUUCGUUUUAUUACACCAAUUUAUCAUCCAAAUAUUAGUACCAAAGGUGAAAUAUGUUUAGAUAUUCUUCAUUCUCAAUGGUCUCCGGCAUUAAGUAUUCGUGGUCUCUUAAUAUCAUUAUGUUCAUUAUUAACAGAUCCUAAUAUUGAACAUGGUUUGAAUCGAGAUGCAUUGAAACUCUAUCAAACAGAUCAGCAAAAAUAUGAAGAAAUAGCAAGAGAAUGGACAAGAAAGUAUGCUGCUCAUCUGUCAAGCCUCAAGUGA